CGCCCUGACUUUUGCUGUGUUGUGUGAGGGAAAGACUCCAGAGAUUUAACUGAGAACUUUUGAUACAUUUCAGAGUUUGGUAACUAUCGAACGAUGCCAUCCACUCAUGACUGGAUUAACAACCCACUGGACGUCGUGGAGAUGAUAUUUGCAUCGUCCCAGGACAACACAGACUCUGGGUGGGAAGCAAAAGCAGUGGAAUUCUUCAAGGAUAAGCUGAAACAGAAGAAUGCUCACACCUGGGUUCCAUCUUUGAAUGAUGUCCCUCUGCACUACCUGAAGCCCAACAGCUUGGUCAAAUUCCGUUGUUUAAUCCAAGACAUGUUUGAUCCAGAGUUCUACAUGGGCGUGUAUGAGACUGUCGAUCCGUCUACCAAAGCCACAGUGCAGCACUGUGGAAAAUACAAAGACGUGACAGAAUGUGGGGUCGACUGGAACUCCAGGAGUACUGUGACUGCAGAGAGACAGACGUUCUACUGUGUGCCUGUCCCUGGAGAAAAUGCCUGGGUGAAAGAAAGUUAUGCCAGCUGUAGUCAAGCGAGAGUUGUCCCUUCAACGUCGUAUGCUCCGAGCAGACACAAACGCAGCUACGAGGAAGACGAGGACAUGGACACUCAGCCGCAGAAGCAGCGAGACACGCACACUGGAGCUUUAAGUUCUGCAGAACAGCACGGGGACUGUAAGCGUCAGGAGACAGAAGCUCCGACUGGACAGAUGACAGCUGCCUCCCACCUUGACCUCAAUUUCCCCCUGCCAGGAGAGAAGGGGCCGUCCUGUUUAAUUAAGGUCUACGAGGAGGGCGACAGCUUCAAGCUCAAUGACGCGCUGGAGGUCUACGGGAUUCUCUCUGUCAGUACUGCUUUCAGCGCGCUGGCUGAUGAGAAAGAGGCAUCGUCUUCGUCCCUGCUGGAGCCGGCAGAGUGCAUGGAGACUGUGGAGGAGCAGAGAGUGCACAGUCCUCCGGCCUCACUGGUGCCUCGCCUUCACAUGAUCUACGCCAAACCAUUGCUGCACAACAACCCUCUGCUGGCCGCUGCCACCGUGGACCACAGCGGCGUUCCUGAGUCUUUGACCCCGAGGGAGAUGGCGUCUGUCAGAGAGGAGCUGCUCACAUACUUGACUCACGUCCUUCUGGGAGACGCUCUGGCAGCCGAGUACCUCAUUCUGCACCUCAUUUCCAGUGUGUAUGCCAGACGGGACGUUCUUCCUCUGGGAAAGUUCACGCUGAACCUGAGUGGCUGUCCGGGUGUCUCCUCGUACACAGAGCGUCUGUACCAGAUCAUACAGCAGCUCGUGCCUUCUUCCUGCUACCUGAGCAUGAGCCUGCAGAACAUGAACCAGCUGCGGUUGGUACCUAAGAAAGAUUAUGCGGCCAACCGGCUGCUGAGCGGAGUCCUGCAGCUGUCCAGGAACACCAGCCUGUUCUUGGAUGAGACCCAGCUGGAGCAGGGUCAGCUGGACACCACAGGUGUGCAGAACAUUACGGCCCUGGGGGACCUGAUCUCGUGGCAGAAGGUUGAUUAUGACUUUAACUACCACAAGAUGGAAUUCCCAUGCAAUAUUAACGUGCUGAUCGCGUCGGAGGGCCGCUCACUGCUGCCGUCAGACUGUCAGGUGCACUUACAGCCUCAUCUGGGGACGGCCCACCUGGACGAGUAUCUCAGUGGCAUCCACAUGCACCCUCAGACCUCCUCACAACUCAACAAAUUCAGAGUCUACCUGAGUGUCGCUCGGCUGCUCGAUUACAGGAUCACUGACGAAGUGACAAAGUCGGUGGAGGACGACUUUGUGGAGAUGAGGAAGGACAACCCUCAGAGCAUAUCUGCUGAGGACCUGCAUCAUCUGCUGGUCGUUGCAAGGUUGUUGUCUGUGAGUCUCGGAGAGACGUCUCUGACCAGAGACUGCUGGCUGAGAACCAAACACAUGGAGGCGCUGCGGAGCAGCAGGAUGGAGCAACACAAGUGUGUCAACGGCAACGAGCAAUGAUCCU